UCUACGGUGGCCGUAUUGUUGCUGUUUACCUCAUUUAAUGACGUGAAGAAGAAGAAGCCGCUAGCUAGCUAGCCUAGCUACAGUAAUGGAGUGGGGAAGGAGAGGCGCUCGAGGCAGUAGCCGUUUAUCACCUUUUAGUUUUCACUUCAGUGCGCCCGUUUGUCCCUUCGCUGUAAAAUAACUGUUAAGAUCUCGCGGACGGCCGUUAGCCAGUUAGCAUGUUAGCUCGGAGGCUAGGCUAGGCUAGGCUAACUUUAGUACAGUGUGAUUGGUUAGGGUGUUAGCUCGGAGGCUAGGCUAGCUUCAGUACAGUGCGCCGCCUAGGUUCAGUUUAAUAUGGCAGAUUAUAAACUCGACAACGUUCGUCACCACUGGAAUUACUUAACAAUUUACCCCUCCGUGAUUAACCUCUCGGUUGGCGGUAGUUGCUAGGGCCGGGGUUUCUAAGUCACGUUCGCAGCUAACCGAAGCUAACUCUGCCACUGGCGGAACCGUGCGGCCUGGAAUGGAGCCAGGCGACCUGCGGGAGAGUCCCGCCGGCUCCGGGGAGUCAGAUGCGGGGGAGUGGAGGGAGGUUAUUCCCGGGGGUGAGGAGGAGGAGGUCAAAGCUUCCGAAAGUGCUUCGACAACAGUAGAGUCGUCUCUGAGUGACACCUGCGAGGGAAGCGACAACGAGAAACCGAAAAGCGGAUCCGGGGAGAAGCUACCCAGCCCGUACGAGGAGGAGCUGGACCCCAGGAUCCAGGAAGAACUGGAGCAUCUCAACGAAGCCAGCGCAGAGAUCAACAACCUCGAGCUGCAGCUGGAUGAUGCCAGAUCCGGAUACCGGAAGAUCCUCACCGAGUCUGCCAGGAAGCUGAACGCGCAGAGCUCUCAACUCGGCAGCUGCAUAGAGAAAGCGAGGCCGUACUAUGAAGCUCGACGCCUUGCAAAGGAGGCGCAGCAGGAGACCCAGAAGGCAGCGCUGAGCUACGAGAGAGCGGUUUCUAUGCACACAGCUGCCAGGGAGAUGGUCUACGUGGCAGAGCAGGGCCUGAUGGCCGACGGCAAGAACACUCUGGAUCCCACCUGGCAGGAGAUGCUGAACCACGCCACCGCCAAGGUGAACGAAGCCGAGGAGGAGCGACUCCGCAGCGAGAGGGAGCACAUGCGAGUCACCCACGCCUGCCAGGAGGCCGAGGCUCGCGUUCAGAUGCUGCAGAAGUCCCUCAAAAGAGUCAUCAUCAAGUCCAAGCCGUACUUUGAGCUCAAGGCCCAGUUCAACCACAUACUGGAGGAGCACAAGGCCAAAGUGCUGCAGCUGGAACAGCACGUCGCCAAAGUCAAGACCCGCUACUCCAUCGCCCUGAGGAACCUGGAGCAGAUCAGCGAGCAGAUCCACGCUCAGAGGGGGCGGGACCAGGUGGAGGGAGGACACCUCACCGUCUGCGGUGGGCGGAGCCCCCCCGUCGGAGCCGAGUCCGACGCCAAGGUCCAGGCGGAAGGCGGGGCCUGCGGCGGCGGCGGCGGCGGCGGUGGGACGGCGAGGACCAUCGACCUGGUGGAGCAGUACGAGGAAAAGGAGCGAGAGCGGGCAGGGUCGGACUCCCUGUCCGUCUUCAGCCUGCAGACCAUCGCGUCCGACCUGGAGAAGUACGACUCCAUCGAGCACCUGGGAGACCUCAGCGACGUGGGCAGCGUGACCGGCGACGAGGGCGAGAAGGAGAGGGCGAUGAAUAACAAAAGGGACAAGCUGACGGACGCCACCGCCAAAGAGCGCAAGCAGCAGUUCUGCAAGCAGCACCAUCGAAGCUUCAGCCUGUGAGACGCGAAAAACACUGGAGACGUACAGGUGGAGGUGUAAAUAAGCACACGACCUACGACUGACCACACAUUACUCUAAAGCUGCAGCCUAGUUAGAACACUACAGGACGAUAGAGAGCUUCACCCCCCCCAUCCAUCCAUCCAUCCUUCCUUCCUUCUGAGGGAACCUCGAGCAUGAAGAGAAGGUUUGAUCCGACGUGUUAAGAGACGUCGCUUCUUUCUCUAAACGUUGAUCUGAUUUGGUGAGACUGGUGAAACAAACACUCUCCCUCCUCCUCCUCCACUAUUUCCCCUCGAGUCACGUCGAGUCUCGUUACUUGAAGGUGGAGGGUUUGGGUCGACCCCUCCACACACACACACACACACACACACACACCAAGUAGGGAAAAGAUGACAAAAACACUUCCUCUGUGGGUGCACGCUGAAACAGCAUGUUUGAAUCUCAACUAUUUAUUUCCGGCAACGUGCUGCACGUGGCGCUCUGUGGAUAUUUACUUCUUUACGGCGCAAGAGAAAGAGAGAAUGUGUUUUUUGAAGAUUUCCUGAAAUGAGUCUGACAGCAUGAAACAAAAGCCCCGACACAUUCACGAAGCUCGGCCUUCGCUGCUGCUUUAGGUUUUUAUUCGUUGCGGUGCAGUGGAGCGGACGCCUCCUCCAGGAUCUGCUUUGGAUAUUGUUUACAUUUGUUUCUAAGUGGAUUUCUUUGGUGUUUCCUCUUAAAAAAAAAAAAAAGCCCCUCGUUGUAAUCUGAACCGUGCCUUGACUCAGAUUCUUAGUAGUGAUCUCAGCUUACAGAACAAACCAGUGCCCUUUUAGCGUUUAUUUUUUAACCUUUUAACCAUCCGACUCGCGCCGACGAGACUUGAAGAUUCAUUUUGUGUUUUUUUUUUUCUCUCGUACUUUUAAAGUGGAGACUGACUUGUGUAAAUGUUUGUAUAAUUAUUACAAAGCUGCAAAAAGAAACAUGGCCGUGUACAGCUCAACGUGUGUUUGUUGUAAAGAUUAAAAAUCCUCAUCACUGUC